AUGCCAAAAGCAGAAGUCGGCUCAACGAGGUACCUGAACAACAAGCUCAAGAGCAAAGGCCUGCAGCGGUUGCGAUGGUACUGCCAGGUUUGCGAGAAGCAGUGCCGCGAUGAGAACGGCUUCAAGAUGCACACGCAGUCCGAGUCGCACGUGCGGCAAAUGCUCGUCGUGGGCGAGGACCCGAAAAAGUUCCUCAAUGAGUACAGCAACCAGUUCCUUCGCGACUUCACUCAGCUGCUCCGCACGGGUCACGGCGAGAAGCAGGUGCAGAUAAACCACUUUUACCAGGAGUACAUCGCCAACAAGGAGCACGUGCACAUGAACGCGACGAAAUGGCCCAGUCUGACCGAGUUCGCGAAGCACCUGGGUCGUGAGGGCAUCUGCCGUGUCGAGGAGAACGAAAAGGGUAUUCACAUCUCGUGGAUCGACAAUUCGCCCGAGGCGCUCAAGAGGCAGGAGGCGUUGAGGAGAAAAGAGGCGCAGGAUCGGGGGAACGAGGAGGUUGAGCAGAUGAUGAUCCGGGAACAAAUCAAGAGGGCACAGAAGGCGGCCGAGGCGAGGGGGGAAAGGGCGGAUAACGAAGAAGAGAGGGAGAGGGGACUGCGGAGGGCCGAGGGAGAGAAGAUUUCUCUGUCCUUUGGGGCCAAGCCUACGGCUGCGCCGAAGGAGCCUUCAAUGUCUGCCGAAUCCGAGGCCUCGAUGACAGCGCCAGUAGACGUGGCAGAAAAGAAGGACGAUAAACCUGCCGACAAACAGCCCGAGAAGCCGUCGCUCGGUGGUGGCCUGUCGCUCAAGAUGACGGCGAAACCGCAGACGAAGAACGUCUUCGCCCAGGCCAAGAAGAAUGCCCUUUCUGGCGGCGGCAAGAAGACGACUAUCGAGCAGCCCAAGAAGAUGAGCGAAGCCGAAAGGAUUAUGAAGGAAGACAUGGAGAGGCAAGAGAAGAAGCGGCCAAGAGGGGGGUCUGGGUUUGGAGGGGUUUCGUUCAAGAAGCAGAAGAUGGACCAGCAGUGA